CAGCAUGAUGACAGGAGCUUUACUGGGCGGAUUUUAAGUGAGGUUUUAAGAUUUGCCCGUUUAUGUUCUGUCUACUUGCUCUGUUUAAUUAUAACUGCCACAUUAUGGGGAUGAAAUAAAUCACCGAUUAAAAGAUACUGCGGUAUAAAGCGGGGAGGUUGAGCUGUGCGUUGUCUACAGCAGGUUAUCAGUCCCUCCUUGGUGUGGUUGUAAAUAUCAGGAUGCUGGAUAAAACCGAUGACCAGCAGCAGGAGGAGUCCAGGCUCUGCUCAGAGUGCGGGUGCAGUUUCAGCCCACCACAACUGGACUCCCACUAUGAUUCCGCAUCAGCUCAGCAGAAGCAGACAGACAGCAGAGAUGCUCCAUUCAAAUGUCCAUCCUGUGAGGCUGGAGGCAGCAGCAGCCCCCCUAACGGCCGGCGAGCCCAUCGGCGCAUUCGACUGGACCCUCACAGCUGCAGCAUAUGCAACAAAACCUUCAUCUCAUCUGCCCACCUGAGUCUUCACCUCACCUCCCACAACAAGGAAAGGAAGUUCAGGUGUAACAUCUGCGGUAAGUUCUUCCAUCAGUCCUCCCACUUGAUGGCUCACAAGGUGAUCCACAGUGGUGAUAAACCGUUUAAAUGCCCCGAGUGUGGAAAGAACUUUGGGCGCGCCUCACACUUGAAGACCCACCGUCGGCUGCACACAGGAGAGAAGCCUUUUAAAUGCACCUACUGCAGCAAGUCGUUUACCCAGAAGGCCGGGCUUCUGGCACACAUUCGACUCCACACCGGUGAAAGGCCCUACAAAUGUGAACAGUGUGGCGCAGGCUUCCGCUCUAUGUCUACUCUGCUCUCCCACAAGGCUCUUGAGGCCGCCGGACAAGCCAGACCUGCACCUGUUCCUGCUAUCAUUUCUGCACCCGCGCCUCCAGUCAACAAGCCACACGAAGCGCAAAGCAACAUGGUGGAUCUUAAGUGCGGCGUCUGCUGCCGCACUUUUGUGCGCUCUUCAUACAUCCGGCUUCACAUACGCCUAAAAAAAGGCCAGCGACCUUAUCACUGCAAAGUAUGCAACAAGACCUUCGUCAAGUUGGAAACGUUCGUGAACCACUGUGACAAACACUUGAAGCAGAAAAAGGAAAAAAAUUGUGUUAAAUACGAAGUUGUUAAGCCUCCACAGUUUGUUCCGCUCUCCCUUCUGGGGAAGGGGCUUCCUUCCCCAGAGAGCUUACCCAAUCAGGAGUUAUCCUCGGAGAUGAAAACACACAUCACAAUAAAAACUGAGACUGAUGUUUAACCAAGAGGAAAUGCUUCAAAACACUUCUGCUUCAGCAAACAGGUGCAACACGUUAGUGUCAACUUCAGCAUUUUGUAUAAAUGUUUACAAAUGAGAAAAUAGGUAGUAGUAUUCCACAAACUUCUGUUAUUUACUUGAUGAGAAAUACUGUCAGAGUGAAUAGUUUUUGUAAACAUAAUAUUGUGGGUGUGAUAAACAUGACAGAAAUAGAUGCUAAAGAGAAAACUUAUAACACUGAGGUCACUGAGUUAAAGUGGAAUACAAGAGUCAUGCAAGUACGGUGUUCACAAUUAUCAAGCAAACCUUGUUUUUAUUAGUCAACAUACAGUAUUCAUAGUGUUCUUGUUUAAUCCAACAUGGCGGACUGUUUUUCUUCACUGUACAUUUCCUGUUUAACUGCCCACAGGUCAGGUGAGCAACAUCUGUCAGCAGUUUUCCAUCUUUAACACCUUUUCUGGCUAGCCUUUAUCCUGCAUAAAAAUCAUUGUCUCUUUGAAAGAUGUAGACUUCUUCCUGUACUGCUGCCUGUAGAAAGUAUCUUAAAAAAACUGCCGUAUCUUUGGGAGUCGAUUUUGAGUCCAUCUUCAACCCGAUAAGAUCCAAACGUCAUCUUUAAUAAUGGGCUCCACUUUGACGUCUGACUUGGAGCUCUGGCACAUUACUGAUCCACAUGUCCAUCCACCAGGUCCAUCAGGUCACUCUCAUUUCAUCAAGCCAUAAAACCUUUGAAAAAUCUG